AUGUAUUCGAACUUAGCUGAUGAUCUGUGCGAGUGGGUAGAAGCCAUCGUGUCGCAAUCCGAGGAUCCAUCUCAAGCCAGUGAUGCGCUAGAGCAAUAUGUCAUUUGGCUUAACAGCAUGAGAGAAGCAACAAGCAAUCGCAGGUUCGCAGAGUAUGCUUGGGAAAGCGUUUCUUGCAAGCUGGGGGGGGGGAAAUACAAUCCUGUUUUGCAGAGCGUCGGUCGCUACAGAGCUUGCUUUCUGCUGCAGUGUUUGCUUUUCAGUAUGCACUUGAAAUCUGCCAGCUCGGUCGCAGCUUCGUUGAGAAGAGCCUUUGCGCUGCUACCAGAUGUUUGGAGCAAGACCUUGGAAGAUCUGUUUUCGUGCAUGACCACUCCGUCGGGUGCCACCAUGUCCCGGGCACGGUUGUACUUAGAUUGCUCUUUCAUGCACAUCAUGAGGCAUCGCCAUGCAGAUCUGGUCCGUCAAAAGUCUGUCAUAUUCGCGUUGGUUGACAGCUCGCCGCAGGGUAAUCGCAAUUGGAUGAUGACCGAAUACUUUGGUGUCCAAGGUGAGAAGCUUCUGCAUGCUGCAGACUUGGUUCGAUGCAACGCUUCUUUUAAAGAUAUGGCAGAUCUUUCCAGGUCUGACUUGGAAGCAAAUCUGGAUAACAUGGAUGAGGUUCAGGCUGUUUGCUUCCAUCACACAUGUCCUCCCACAGCACUGGGUCUCAGACAUGCCACUCUCGCUCACAAAGUGCAUGCAAUCUUGCACUCUUUCCGCCUGGAAAGUAGCUCGUGGUCUAGUGCGCAGGGUCUCCUUGAUUGCAUUUUUGCCAUCACGUCUGACCAGGGAACAGAAAGUGAAGUAAGCCUAGCCACAGUGCCGUUGCAAUCGAUGUUUCCAUAUUGGACCCAGCAGGGGCAGAUUGAAUUUGAAGUCGAUGCAGGUGCCAAUGUUGAUAUUCCAGAGCAAGGAGCAGAGAGGGACCCUGAUCCUGAUUCGUUGUCCUUUACCAAAUCCUUGUAUGUUGCCGGAACGUUUCAUUUGAUUGAUGGCAUCACAAAAGACCUUCUCAAGAAGUCUCUGUGUUGGAGUGAAGUGAAGCCUUUGCUGGACGCGGUGCUCCAAUUCUUUCAUGGCGGACACAACCGGCAGCUAUUUGUUAGCAAGUGUUUUUCAGAAGGCAAUCGUGGUUUCGAGUUUUUGUUUCGAGCCGGGCCAGCCAAGCUUGAAGGGGGUCGAGCGUGGGGUGUUCUUGAAAAAGGUGUUGAUUGGGUUCUAGCCAGGCGCCAUGUCCUCCGGCAAACUUGGAAUGCUGCCGCUUUCGGGGCACAGCCUGAUGAGGCUGAGCAAGGUCAGGGUGAGGGCCGUGAUGGUGUGCAAGAUACUUCAAAGCUUGUUAGCAAAGUGUCUGAGGCAGUAGGGUCUGACUUCUUUUGGGCUUAUUUGCGCAUGUUGCAGUGCAUCACUUCCAUUUUGCAAGAGAUCUCGGCGUGGACCCAGAGCUGUCCGUGUCAUUCGGUAGAAACUUUGGCAAGUUUGAAAGAGGUGAGCCAGGCCAGACAAGCUGGGGAAUUUGUGAAAUGCCCGAUGCGUGGGAGACGGGCCCCAGAGGUUGCUGCUGGGGAGUUCGCUGAAUUCAUCAAUACCUUGGUCCAAUACAAUGAUUCUCGCUUUGUAAUGCGAAGCGUGGCCGGUUUGGAAGGUGAGGCGAAAGACAAGAUCACUCUUGAUUGGUCGAACAUGAAAGCUUACAUUAAGACUGCUUGCUCUUUGAAACUUAGUGCGUGGCAGCAUUUGCCUCUUAGCAUGCUGGGCAUCGGUCACACGGACCCUGCUACAGCCAGGUUGUCAGCUUGGAGGAGUUUGUCUGAGUUCAAUGAGUUGUCAGAAUCGGCGCAAGAUGCAGUGCGCCCAGUGGUGAGAAGGCUUCUCAGUGGGGAUGGUGAGCGACAAAUGCUGGCUUUUCUUCGUGAGGAAGAUUCAUCUGUUUGGCCUGAUUUGGAUGUGUUCCGUGCCCAGUGCAUGUUCGUGCCAAUUCUUGAGCAGUCCAUUGAAAGACGCCAUGCUGUUUUGCACCAGCAUAUCAAAUCUGCACCUCAUCAUUCCGCUCCUUUCGUUUCAGUGUCUGAGCGGAAACAUGAGAUUUUGAACUAUGUCCAAGACAAAAGCAUUGACACGAUGGCUGAAAUUUGCGAGUCGGUUCGUGCCCCGGCUUUGGUUGCAGAGAGUUUGGGGUUGCAAAAACAUCCAGACCUAGCUGCUUGGUGGCGACCGGAAAGGGGUUCCCUGGAGAUUUCAACAUCUCACGCUGUAGUUGCUGCCUUGGUUUAUCGGUGUGAUUCAUCAGCUCAAUUUCUAGCCCUGCCCUCUGUGCAAAAGCCACCGCGCCAUCCUCAGAAUUUGCCAGUCUUGCUUGAUGAGGCUGGUAAUCAGCAUGAGAUCCAGGUUGUUGACGAAGCAGGUGCAGCUGCGGCGUCAAGUUCCGAUGCUGUCGUGCCUGUGCAGCCAGGGGAUUCGUUCCUAACAAAACUCAUGGAACAUCAUGCUUUCCAGCAUUUUUGCUCAGCUUCUACCGCAGCAGAUGUGUAUUCCAUUGACCCGAGCCAAGCCUUGCCUGGUCAUUCUUCGUCGCUUAUGUUGCCAAUGCAGCAAGUCUUGACCACAGGCUUGCCAGGUGCCAGGUUUCGUGUUCCAAAGUGUUUGCUUGAUGGCGCAGCCACAGACCAGGCGUCAGUAGAGUUCACCUUUGAAGAUGAUUGCGGCGUGCCAACUCUUCCAGAGCAGCAGCCUAAACACAUGGAAAUUAUUGAAGGUAAGAAGCACCCCCAUGUUUUUUUCCGACUUUCGUCCGGGAACAUUGCAGGGAAGAAACGCAUGCGUUUGGAUGCCGGCUUCGAUGUGACAUCAGAUCAUGUUGCUGUUGAGUGCUGCGCCAUCAGCCAUUUUGACCAGACCAACAGGCAAGUGCAUCUACAGAUGUCGUCUAAAGAACCUGAUUUGUUUCAGCGUCCAGCCUCCAUGUGUUCUUUCUACAAAUGGGAAGUCGUGAAAACAUGCUCUGGCUUGAGAGGCAUAGAGCUGACCCCUGAAGCCAGCGCUGCACUUGACCUGCUCAUGACAUCAGCGGACAAUGCAGAGGAAGAGGAGUGUCUUGUUUUGUCCAAAGCCACUGAAGAGUACAAAAGUUAUGAGCCAGGGUUGGAGUUCUUGUGUGGUGCAGGCGUGGUGGAGCGCCAUGAAUUGAUAGGUGACAUUUGCAAGUGGACUCUGACCAAUCAUGGCGGUGACAAAUUGAUUCCUCUCAUCAUCGUGCAAAAGCCUAGGCGUGAGCUUGUGGACAGGGAAGCGAAAGAACCUCAAGCCGACGCGCACCCUGCUGCAAAGAAGCCUGUUC